CGUAUGUUCAGUUCUUAGUGAAAAGCACAUGGAUAUCAAAACGUUGCUUCACAAUCUUCGCGAGGAAGUUUCGUGCCCAGUGUGUACUAACGUGUACACUGAUCCAAAGCACCUUCCAUGUCUACACACGUUUUGUCUGCACUGCUUGAAACACUGGCACAGAACAAGCCAUGGCCGAGACACAAUCAGAUGCCCGAAGUGUCAAGCUAUUAGCAGAGUGCCUGAUAGUGGCGAUUUGAAAGAUCUUCCUACCAGCUUUUAUCUGAACGGCUUGAUUGAUGUGCUAGCAAUUAAAGAGUGCAAAACCAGCCAAGUACGAUGUGGAAAUUGCGACAAGAAAAGCGCCGAGAGUUCCUAUUGUUUUCAUUGUUGCGUGUUUUGGUGUGACGAGUGCAUCAUUGGACACAACAUCAUUCGCAACAAUAAAGAUCAUCGUGUUCUAGCGCUCAAAGACUUUCAAGACAAGGACUAUGAAGAUGUGAUGAAACGACCGAUUUUCUGUCCUAAGGAAGAUCAUAACAAAGAAGAGCUAAAGUAUUUUUGCAAAGACUGUGAAACGCCACUUUGCCAAAUAUGUUUCACAUUGGAUCAUGGAGGUCAUAAUAUGAAGUUAAUCAAAGAAGAAGCGGAGAGACAAAGGACUGAAAUGAAGUCUUUUAUUGAAAAACAGCGACAAAAUUUACGAGCAAAGAUGAAUGCCGUGAGCCGACUUGAUGGAGAAUGUGCCACACUGAUACAACAAGGCGAAGAUGUGAAGAUAGUGAUUCAAACAUUUGUUGACAAUUUAAUUGCAGUCAUUGAAGCAAACAAGAAAAACAUAUUCGCAGAGGUGGAAAAAGAAACAAACAAGUCGAUUGAAAGCAUAAUAAGGCGAAAGACCGAGAUCGAGCGUCAA